AACCACUGUUUCUCAGUUCUCAUAUGAGAGUGAGAGACUGACUGCAGUACGACCUGGAGUUUUUGUUAGGCAAAUAGUUAAUCUAUGUAGUCAUCCAAACCUCACGUCCGAUAUUUAGUGGUAUUCUUCGUUGUUUGGUUGUAUAUGGAGAUGUUGGCAGUACCAGUUUAGAAGACGUGCAAAAUGACCUCUAAGAAAUCCUCGGAUGCAAGUAAACGAGAGGUGAGUGUAACAGGAAUGUCAUUCCUUCGGGGAUCUGCCAACUAUGUCUGGUGUACAACAUCUGUCCUGGGGAAGGGAGCCACUGGAGCAGUUUUCCAGGGUGUCAACCGACACACCGGUGAACCAGUUGCAGUUAAAACCUUCAACCAGUUGUCACACAUGCGUCCACAUGAAGUGCAGAUGCGGGAAUUUGAAGUUCUUAAAAAAGUGAAUCAUGAAAACAUUGUUAAACUCCUUGCUAUUGAAGAGGAGCAAGAAGGCCGAGGGAAAGUGAUUGUUAUGGAACUAUGUACAGGUGGAUCUCUCUUCAACAUUUUAGAUGACCCUGAAAAUAGUCAUGGCCUUGAAGAAGGAGAGUUCAUUCUAGUCCUUUCACAUUUAGCGGCUGGAAUGAAACAUCUUCGGGAUAAUAGUCUAGUACAUCGUGACUUGAAGCCUGGUAACAUCAUGAAAUUCACUGAUGUUGAUGGAUCAACCAUUUAUAAGCUGACUGAUUUUGGAGCAGCACGAGAGCUGCAAGAUGACCAACAAUUCAUGUCUCUAUAUGGAACUGAAGAAUACUUGCAUCCUGACAUGUACGAAAGGGCAGUUCUGCGGAAGCCAGUUGGCAAGACUUUUGGUGCUCGUGUAGAUUUAUGGUCAAUAGGUGUAACAUUGUACCAUGUAGCUACUGGACAGCUUCCUUUUCGACCAUACGGAGGCCGUCGAAAUAAAGAAACCAUGUACCACAUCACAACAGAAAAGGAGCCUGGUGUUAUAUCUGGGGUUACAGACAUCAGAAAACGGACCAAUUGAAUGGUGUACAGAGCUCCCUGAAACGUGCCAGCUUAGUUUGGGGCUUAGGAAGCUGGUUACGCCUUUGUUAGCUGGUCUUUUAGAAGUGGAUCCACAAAGGAUGUGGAACUUUGAAAGAUUUUUCCAGGAAGUCACCAUGAUCCUUAGUAGGAAAGUAGCACAUGUUUUCUAUGUGAACCGAGUUCAGCCACUUACAAUAUAUAUGGAUCCGAAACACAGGUAUGUAUCCAC